CGGUGCCGCCUUUGCGACGCGCACAGUGCCCGUGAGCUCAAGUGGUUGAGGCAGAUAUGCAACGAAGGACAGCUGAGGGCUUUCUGCCCGAUUUAGGUGGAUGAAACAAAGCCAAAAAAAUAAUUCGCAGAUGGAUCUAUCUAUGAAUUCAUCCAUCCAUUAUUUGAUAACAAAUAAACAUUAGAGAGGAGGAGUAAUCUAUCAUUCUAUCCCUCCUUGCGAAACGAGCAGUAGAAAACUUCCUCAACAAAGUUUUUUUCUCAGUUUUUAAAUUCCCCCUCCUAAGUAAACAGAGCAUUGGCUCACCACAAUGACUUCCUCCCCAUCGCCGAUCACGCUGCUCCACCACUUCCAAGUCUCUCUGCCGCCGGACUCAGCACCGGCCGCCGCCGCCCUCCCCCUCACCUUCUUCGACAUCGUCUGGCUCCCCACUGGUCCCGUCGAGCGCCUCCUCUUCUACCGCUUCCCCCACCCCACCUCCCACUUCCUCUCCCACCACCUUCCCCUCCUCACCUCCUCCCUCUCACGCGCCCUCCUCCUCUUCUACCCCCUCUCCGGAUGUGUCUCCCCACCUCGCGUCCCCUCCCCCUCCCCCGACGCCAAGUUCCAGAUCCGGUUCUCCCCCGGCGACUCUGUGCCUCUCGACGUCGCAGAGAGCUCCGAAGACUUCGACCGGAUCUCCGGCGACUACCCGAGGGCGUUCCGCGAUCUCCACUCGAUGGUACCCCGGUUGCCGAUUGCCGAUGACGGCUCGAUCCCGCUGAUGGCCUUGCAGAUCACGGUGUUCCCAAAUCAAGGCGUUGCCCUAGGCGUCGCCGUUCACCAUGUGGCCUGCGACGAUUCAAGUUCGAUCCACUUCUUGAAGUCAUGGGCCGCCGCUGCGAUCGGAGGACACUCGAAAGAGUCUCCGAUCUCGCCGCCGCUGACCGAUCGGACGGCGAUCGCAGAUCCGGACAGUUUGUACUUCAAGAUCCUAGCCGAGAUGCAAUCCCUGCAAUCUUCCGCGCCACCAUCGUCGCCGCCUCCCGAUCUGCCUCCGGAACUGGUGAUCGCCUCGUUUGCGAUCGGGCAGGAGCAGAUCGAGCGGCUGAAACGAGGCACCUCAGCUAGAUCCGGCGACGGCGCCCGCGUCUCUACCUUCAUAGUGGCCUGCGCUUUCGCUUGGGCGUGCUUGGUGAGGGCUCAAGCGUGGUUCUACUCUACCAAGAAGACGGCGUACCUGCUGUUCUCUGUGGAGUGCAGGGGACGGUUGGAUCCGCUGGUUCCGGCGAGCUACUUUGGAAACUGCCUCCGGCCGUGCUUUGUGGAGGUAGGGGUGAGGGAUCUGCUGAACGGCGAGGGCGUCUUUGCGGCGGCGGAAGCGAUCGGGAAGGCGAUCAAGGGGCUGGAAGAGGGAGGAGUGCUCAAGGGGGCGGAGGGAUGGUUGCAGAAGAUAAUCUCUCUAGUGCCAGAGCGGCCAAUGUCUAUUGCCGGGUCGCCGAGGUAUAGGGUUUACGAUGUGGACUUCGGGUGGGGGAAGCCGAUGAAGGUGGAGAUGACGUCGAUCGAGAAGACGCCGGGGACUAUUUCGAUGGCGGAGGGCAGGCAAGGAGGGAUCGAGAUGGGGCUGGUGCUUCCGAAGCCGGAGAUGGAGGCGUUUGGCGCCUGCUUCAGGGAUGGCCUCAAGUUGCUUCUUUAAAGGCGAUCACCAUGGCUGAUUGGAAGUAAUCCCACAGAAUGUCUAUUUAAUUUUGUUAAGCAUCUGUUCUAUCCAUUAUAUGCAUUCGUUCCAAGAGAUUGAUUUGGUUACCAUAAA